AUAAUAUAUUUGUCAUAGAUUAUAGUUGAUUAUACACAUAAUGUCAUUUAAUAACUUAAUUCUGUCGUUAUUGUGAAACAAAAAAGUUUAAUUCUAUGUACACAGUUAUGACAUAAUUUUAGAAGAAAAUACGGGGUGAAAUUAUGUACUUCUAUAAAAUAAUGUUGUUGUAAUGAAAUUGUUUUAGGAAAUAAUGGAUACUUCUUCAAUAGUAAGUUUUAAUAACGACUCUACAUUCCAAGCCACUCUUAAAGGCGACUACAAUCACCACAGUGUUCACGAGUUGGCUCUUCAUGCCAUGAGGGAUCGUUGUCUAUUACUACAACGCAGAAUAAAUGUUUUGGAGAAUGACAACAUGCGCUUAAAACUUGAUGCUACAAGAAAUAAUGAAAAUAUUGCUUUUCGUGACGAUGACAAACUUGACCUACUCCAGAAAAUAGCUGAGCUUAAUAAACAGAAGUCGCAAUUGAUGCAUCACGUUUUUAUGGUGUCAUGUGAGAAUAGAAACCUAUGGAAUAAAAUAUCAACUAUCAAGAAUUGUAAUAAACCUAAUAAAGAAAAUGUCAAAAACCCAUUAGUUCGUACCAAUACCUACAUCCAAAGCACACCUAAAACAAGUGUAAAUUAUCAAGAAAAGUAUUCUGAAUCAAGCUUGGAAGAAAUAUCUCUGAAAUUAAUAAAUAGCUAUAUUCAGGAAAAGUCAAAUUUAGUUGAUCAAUAUGAACAAAUGGCUCAACUUCAUAGGGAUGAAGAUAUGUUAAAUGUAGAUUCUAUUGGUUUUACAUACUUAGAAGAUCCUGCAAUGGAAUCUUUAAAGGAUAUUAUUUCUCAGACAGAAAAAGUGCAAUCUCUGAGAAAAGAGGUAGCUCAGCAAGAAAAUGAUCUUAAACUAAUAUUAGCAAGAUUUGAGACUAUUGUGGCAGAAGGAUAUAAGUGUCCAACUUGUAUUACAAAUAAUACCAAAGUUGUGUCUUCAGAAAAUAAACAAAUUGAAACAAGUGAUAGUCUUAUGAACUGGGAAACACCAGCUGAUUCCAGUUCUUGCAAUAAUAACUUCAGUGAUAUCAACACCUCUGUUAUAAAAGAAAGUAUUAUUGAAGAAAAAGAAGAAGAUAACGAGCCUUUUGAUAAAAUAUGCCCUAUGUGUGGACAAACAUUCCAAAAAGAUACUGAGUUUUCAGAGUUCAGAGUACAUGUAGAAAGUCAUUUUACAGGUGAAACAGAACCAGAUUCCUUAAUAGAUAAUUUUGAAAAUAUUCCUAGUUCUUUUGAAAAUGCAUUAUAGUCAGUAAUUUUCCAAAAAAAAAUGAGUACUUUAAAAAAUAUUUUUUGGUUAAUUUUGUAAGGCUAUUGUUUACUAAAUACAAUUAAUUAGUUCAAUAUUAAAAUUUGUGAUGAAUAGGAA